AUGAAGACCACCAUCCUUGCCACCCUUCUUUCCGCCGCUGCUGCCUUCGCCCCUACGAAGCAAGCUGUCCAAACUACAUCUCUUUCUGCUUUCCAGAACGAGCUUGGUGCCCAAGAACCUCUUGGAUUCUAUGAUCCAUGGGGAUUUUUGGUCGAUGCGGACCAAGAAAGAUUCGACCGUCUUCGUUACGUUGAACUUAAGCACGGGCGUAUCUCCAUGCUUGCAUUCCUUGGACAAAUCGUCACUCGUGCUGGAAUCCACCUUCCAGGAUCCAUUGACACUGAUGGGGACUCUUUCGACUCCUUCCCUGAUGGACUUGCUGCCCUUUUCGGUGAGGACGCCAUCCCAACUGCCGGACUUGCCCAAAUGGUUGCCUUUGUUGGAUUCCUUGAGCUCGUCGUAAUGAAGGAUGUCACCGGAGAGGCUGAGUUCCCAGGUGACUUCCGUAACGGAGCUCUCGACUUCGGAUGGGACACUUUCGGACCUCAAACCAAGUUGCGAAAGCGCGCCAUUGAAUUGAACAACGGCCGUGCCGCCAUGAUGGGUAUCCUCGGUCUUAUGAUGCACGAACAAAUCGAAGGCAACCCUGUCAUCGGUGUUUUCAUCGGCUACUAA